AACUAUGCCUAAUAAUUGGUCAUCUCAUAGUGACUAGUGAGUAAUAACAGUACUUCCUCCGUAACACAGAGUAAGAUUAGUAAAGCGCUGAUCUGAAAAGAACAAGGCCUAAGACGAUCUGCCGGUGCAGGAAACAGGUGGUGGCGAAGGCGGGGAGAAGCCGAACAAAACAGGGUCUGAGGUAGAUUGUUGAGAAUGAGAAGGGGUGGCAUUGGCAUCGGAAUGGGGUUGUUUGUAAAACUGAAGAGCAUGGUAUUUGUACGCCCUUGUAGCACGGCGUUGUCGGGCACCAAAUUCAUCGCUACUAGUAGUGGAGUUCCCUUUUCAUCAUCAAUCUUGAAACAAACCCUAAUACCAUCAUCAUCCACUUCCACUUCCAUGGUCCCAUGGUCCCUCUCUCAGCGUCGUGGUGUCAAAGUUACCGGCACCGAGGUCAGAACGGGUAAUAUCGUCCAAAGGAAAGGUCGAAUCUAUCAGGUUAUAAAAGCACAACAUACGCAGCAUGGAAGGGGAGGAGCAUCCAUUCAGGUUGAGCUCCGCGAUGUUGAUAGUGGAAACAAAGUAACUGAAAGAUUUCGUACGGAUGAAGCCAUUGAAAGGGUAUAUGUUGAAGAAAAGACUUUCCAGUAUCUAUAUUCAGAGGAAGAUGUAGUAGUGCUAACAGACCCGGAAACAUUUGAACAGAUAGAGGUGGCAAAGGAAUUGUUUGGAAAAGCUGCUGUCUACCUAAAAGAUGAUAUGACAGUCAGAGUGCAGUAUUAUGAUGGGAGAUCAAUGUCUGCAACAGUACCUUAUCGCGUCACUUGCACUGUUGUUGAAGCACAAGCUCCUAUGAAGGGGCUAUCCGUAAAUGCACAGUAUAAAAAGGUUGUGCUGGACAAUGGCCUGACAGUUCUCGCACCUCCUUUCAUUGUAAUUGGUGAUGCAAUUGUUAUCAAUACAGCAGAUGACUCAUAUAUCACCAGGGCAAAGUAAGUACGUUGCAGCCUGAAAAUUGGUAUACAAAUUCUUUUCAUCAAGGGAUUUCGAGGUAUCUUGUGGCAAAUUGUUGGAAGACAAUAAAGAUGAGGUGGUUGAAUACUUGAAUAAUUCACGUAAUCUUUUAAUUACUUCUACAUUGACCUUAGUGGAAGCUUUUGCAGUAAUGCAAUCAUUUGUCGAAUUGUUGUGGCUUCUUGCUUCCUUUAAAAUGUGAUAUUUGCCUCUGUAUAAACUUUGUUAGUCAUUUGGGUCAUGAUUUGUUAAUAAUCAAGCCCUUUCAGCAAAA